GAACGAACGAGUUUUCGCCCGCCGGCCGGGAGGCCCCGGAGCCAGCCCAUGGGGAGAGGGCGCUUGGCGUCGGCCACAAAGACCGCCGCCGCCCGCGCCGCGCCCGGCGCGUGAAGCCCAGGGACCCCCUCUGGGAGAGCCCCAUGAGGGCAGGAGAGUGAUGGAGAGUACGCCCAGAUUCCUGAAGGACAGCCCAGCCUGGGAGAAGACAGCCCCUGAGGAUGGCAUCGUGGGCCCAGAGCCGGACACCCCACCACAAGAUGGCCUGAGCCCUGCAGCACUGUGCCUGGGAGAGCCUGCUCCUUUCUGUAGGGGUGUCCUGAGCACCCCAGCCUCCUGGCUCCCCGCUGGCUUCCCCCAGAGCCCCAAGGACACGCUCCCAUUGGUGGAGGGCAAAGGUCCCCGGAAUGGGGAGAGGAAGGCUAGCUGGUCAGGCAGCAAGGAGGCGCUGCGCUGGAAGGAGGCGAUGCUUACCCAUCCGCUGGCAUUCUGUGGGUCAGCGUGCCUGCCUUGCUACGGCCCACUGAUUCCUGAGCAUAACGGUGGCCCUCCCAAGAGUGACCCUGUGGCCUUCCGACCCUUGCACUGCCCCUUUCUUCUGGAGACCAAGAUCCUUGAGCAAGCUCCCUUCUGGGUGCCCAGCUGCCUGCCUCCCUACCUAGUGUCCAGCCUGCCCCCAGAGCGUCCAUGUGACUGGCCCCUGACCCCGAACCCCUGGGGGUACUCCGGAGUCCAGCCCAAAGUGCCCUCUGCCUUCAGCUUAGGCAGCAAGGGUUUUUACCGCAAGGAUCCAAGCAUUCUCAGGCUGGCAAAGGAGCCACUGGCAACUGUGGAACCUGAGUUGUUGGGCUCAGCGCCUGGUGGGCGUCUCCAGAGAACUGGGGAGGUGGAACGCCCUUCACUCCACCAGAGAGUUGGAAAGACAGGAGUAGGCAGGCAUCAGAAUCUUUGCCCCCUUGCCCUGGGGCAUCCAGACACUGUUCCCCCGACCCCGUGGCCCACUCGUUCCCCAGGCCUGGUUCAUACUCUUGGCAAUGUCUGGGCUGUACCGGGAGGUGGGAGCCUUGGGUACCAGCUGGGGACGUCAGACACAUCAAGGUGCCCCUCUCCUGGGCCUCCUACCACCCAGGUGGGCCGUUGCUCCCCUCACCCACCAGCUAGAGAUGGAGGUCUUGGCCCUUGUGGGAAGUGCCGGGAGGACCUGGAGGGGGGCACCAGAGGGCCGAGUGAAUCCAGCGAGGAAGCAAACAAGGCCCCUGGUCCCAGCACCUGCCCGCCCAGCCAUCACACCAAGCUGAAGAAGGCUUGGCUCACGCGACACUCUGAGCAGUUUGGGUGCCCAGACAGCUGCUCUGGGGAGGAGGAAAGCCCAGCGGCCCAGCUGCGGGCCCUCAAGAGGGCAAGCAGCCCCGAGGUCCAGGGAGCAGUGGGCAGCCCAGCCGCCAAGCGCCCAUCCGGCCCUUUCCCAGGCAGUGUGGGGCAGGGGGCCAGAGGUUGGCAGGAGCUGCUGGACUCAUCGUUUGGGAACAAGGCAGAGGCAGAACAGCGUGAUGACCACAGAGGACCCCGAGACAUCAGGGCCAGCCUCCAGGACCCUGGGCUGCAGGAUACACCUUGCGCGGCUCCCCCGGCAGGCAUGACUCGGUGCCAGAGCUGUGCCCAGGCAGCUGGUGAGGCGGGAGGGCCGGCCUGCCACUCCCAGCCUGGGCCCAGAUUGCCUCUGGGAGGGAAGCGGCGGCCUGAGGAAGACCCGGCAGCCAGCUCCGAGGGAGGAGGGUCUGGCCCAGAGGAGGCCGGGCUCAGCGUGGGCCUCGCCAAGCACCUGCUAAGUGCUCUGGGAGACCGACUGUGCCGUGUGCUGCGCAGGGAGCGGGAGGUCUUGGCCUGGGCCCAGCGGGAAGGCCAGGGACCAGCCGGGACAGAGGACAACCCAGGCAUUCCACGUUGCUGUAGCCGCUGCCACCAUGGACUCUUCAACACCCACUGGCGCUGCCCCUGCUGCAGCCACCGGCUGUGCGUGGCCUGUGGUCGCAUGGCGGGCGCUUGGAGGGCCAGGGAGAAAGAAGGCUGUCAGGAACAGUCCAUGGAGAAGUGUACCCAGGAGGCUGGGCACAGUGCCUGUUCCCUGAUGCUCACCCAGUUUGUCUCCAGCCAGGCUUUGGCAGAAUUGAGCGCUGCAAUGCACCAGGUCUGGGUCAAGUUUGACAUCCGGGGGCACUGCCCCUGCCAAGCUGAUGCCCGGCUGUGGACCCCUGGGGAUGGGGGCCAGCAGAAGGAGCCGAUGGAGAGAACGCCCCCAACUCCACAACCUUCCUGCAACAGGGACACCAACAGGACCAAGGACGUUAAAGAGGAGACCCCAGACUCCAGAGAGACACCGGCAGAGGACCGUGCUGGCCAAGGGCCCCUGCCUUGUCCCUCUCUCUGUGAACUACUGGCCUCCACUGCUGUCAAACUCUGCCUGGGGCACGAACGGAUACACAUGGCCUUCGCCCCUGUCACUCCGGCCCUGCCCAGCGACGACCGCAUCACCAACAUCCUGGACAGCAUCAUCGCGCAGGUAGUGGAACGGAAGAUUCAGGAGAGAGCCCUGGGGCCGGGGCUGCGGGCCGGGCCAGGACUGUGCAAAGGCCUGGGCCUGCCCCUCUCACCAGUGCGGCCCCGGCUGCCUCCCCCUGGGGCUUUGCUGUGGCUGCAGGAGCCCAGGCCUCCGCGAGGCUUCCACCUCUUCCAGGAGCACUGGAGGCAGGGCCAGCCCGUGUUGGUGUCAGGGAUUCAGGGGACAUUGCAAGGCCACCUGUGGGGGACAGAAGCUCUAGGGGCGCUUGGAGGCCAGGUGCAGGAACUGACCCCCCUCAGACCUCCCCAGCCCGCAAGCCUUGGCAGCACAACGUUCUGGGAGGGAUUCUCCCAGCCUGAGGUUCGCCCAAAGUCAGAUGAGGGCUCGGUCUUCCUGCUGCACAGAGCUCUGGGGGACGAGGACACCAGCAGGGUGGAGAGCCUGGCUGCCAGCCUGCCGCUCCCAGAGUACUGUGCCCGCCAUGGGAAACUCAACCUGGCCUCCUACCUCCCUUGGGGCUCUGUCCUGCGUCCACUGGAGCCCCAGCUGUGGGCGGCCUAUGGUGUGAGCCCACAGUGUGGGCACCUGGGGACCAAGAACCUCUGUGUGGAGGUGACCGACCUGAUCAGUGUCCUGGUACGCGCUGAAGCCCCACUGCCUGCCUGGCACCGGACACAGAAAGAUUUCCUCUCAGCCCUGGACGGGGAGGGGCUCUGGUCUCCGGGCAGCCAGGUCAGCGCCGUGUGGCACGUGUUCCGGGCACAGGACACCCAGCGCAUCCGCCGCUUUCUCCAGAUGGUGUGCCCGGCCGGGGCGGGAAACUUGGAGCCCGGCACCCCUGGCAGCUGCUACCUGGAUGCAGGGCUGCGGCGGCGCCUGCGGGAGGAGUGGGGUGUGAGCUGCUGGACUCUGCUGCAGGCCCCCGGAGAGGCUGUGCUGGUGCCCGCGGGGGCUCCCCACCAGGUGCAGGGGCUGGUCAGCACAGUGAGUGUCACUCAGCACUUCCUGUCCCCCGAGACCUCUGCCCUCUCUGCUCAGCUCUGCCACCAGGGGCCCAGCCUGCCCCCUGACUGCCGCCUGCUUUAUGCCCAGAUGGACUGGGCUGUGUUCCAAGCAGUGAAGUUGGCUGUGGGAACAUUGCAAGAGGCUAAAUAGGGGGAUCCCGGGUGUGUGGGGUAGGGGUUGGGGGCAGGCAGACCAGUGCUCAGCCCAGGCACAGCUUCAGCCGAGAAUGGCACCGGGGAACUUGGGGACUUCCGCUCAAUCCCGCAAGCACCACUCUGGACACAAGCAGGGCACCCCGUUCCCUGCCCCUGACCUGGGUACC